AUGGUCCAACGUCCAGUUUCCAACGACGGACCAAUUGGCAGUGGUUGGAGCGAAGCUCUCUGGGGAGAGUUGCAGAAGCAGGAAGGAAGCAAGCUUGACGGCAAACCGAUCUUUCCGUGGCUUCCAGAAACGGCUCUCCGGAACCUGUUGUCCUUCGUGACUUUCCAGAAGCGUGCGCACUCCCCACGGGAAAUGCAGUGUCCAGGUUCUUUGUGGGUUGGGAGCUUUGUGACCCACGACGAGACCGCACCCAGUCCAACGGAUCAUCGUCCGAGAUACAGGCCUGUGGAAGAACUGAAAGUUUGGAACGCUUGCGAAUUUCCCGCCUGGGUUUAG